UUUGCCCAAAUAUGCGUGACGUCAUCGUCCAAAAUGGCGGAACUGCUUGGGUUUCCGCAGUAGCCGUCCCUGUCGCUUUUCAGUUUUUAUUUUGCACUAGUCCCUUUGUUUUAACUUACCCCCGGACGGUCGUAAUUCCAGUACCACCACAAGAUUCGCGUAGACACCGGUUUCUUGUCCACAGAAAGGAACUGCAGGAAAGCACCCUAGAAGCAAACGUUAUACCCAAGGACGAUCAGUAGAGAGCAUGUCACUGUAGUACAGCACAGAACUUCACAAACAAGACACAAUUAUGGAGACCAGUGCCUUGGAGCUGACCGACACUGGGAAGACUCUGAAGGUCCAUGCAGACAGACCCCAUCUGGUCAGCCUGGGUGGUGGACGCUUCAGCACAGCAGUGACCAUCGUUCCUGUAGAAGGUACCGUGCUGGUUGGAACGGUAGAUGCACCCAAACCCCAAGACUUGAUCAUAGACGGCUAUGCAGUAGCGCGGGAGCACUGCAUCCUUGAGAAUGUGGACGACGUGGUUACCCUGUACCCCCUGGGAAAUCUGUGCUCCGUGGAUGGCAUCCCCAUUACCAGGCCCAGCAAGCUUACUCAAGGGAAUAUGCUUUGUUUUGGCCGUUCCAACUACUUCCGCUUCAACCACCCCCUGGAAGCAAACAGACUGAAGAGAGAUUUGCCCAACUCCAGGGUAUCAGUGCUGCCAUACGGAUUUCUACCAGAAAACAUUCAAGCUUCCCAGAACAGCAGUGCUGGUCCAGCCAUGCCAAAUGGACCUUUGACUAAAAAUCAACAAGAGCCAAGCAAGAGUAGUGCAUUCAGGGCUUACAGCAAUAACGCCGCCCCCAAAUCCAACGGCCCAUCCAAACAGUCCAGUAAAGAGAAUGGUGUUGACCAUACACUGGAGGAUGAGUUGCAAGAUAUACUGGACUCGCUAGCCAUGACAACUGCCCACGAGCCACAGCCUCCUAAGAAACCUCCGAGAAAAAACAUUGCACCUUUCCCUACAGGUGGCCAGAGUGCAAGUCUGCCAAGGAACAUGUUUACCACAUCCCCACCUGCGAGGUCCCCUCCUUAUUCAAACACUUCUCUCUCGCUCCCUCGUUCACCGGACUCGCCAAAGGUGUCCCCAAGGGGCAUCAGCCAACAGUCUCCACACAGUAGCAGCAAACAGUCGCCAAAAUUCACUUACCCAGAGGAGAGCCAAUCACCUCCGAGUCUAGGCUCACCAAGGGCGAUGUUCGUCCCCAUCCACGAAGGAAGCAUAGGCUCUCCUAACGGAAGCCUGCAAUCCGUGGGUUCGUCCCCUACAUCCACGCUACGUUUGGAAAGGAAAAGCCCCGUAGAGGAGCGUUACGAACAGGCGAGGGCUGACCGCAUUCGCGAACAGGAGGUGGAAAAAAUGGAGCGGCAGAGACUGGAGGAAAUCAUCAACAUGUGCGAGAAAUACGGAAGCCUGGAGAGGAGGAAAAGUCUGGAGAGGAAAAAAGUCAAGAAAGAUCCCGCGAAAGCCGAAGAGCAAAGAUUGAGGGCGGGCAAUGGUAACAAUACUUACAAUGGCUCGAAGGACGGGAUUAGCCCGACAGAGAGAGUGAGAAUGAUGCCCGGCGGCAGCCCUAGUGGAAGUUUGGAAAGACAGGGGAGUGGGAGAUUAAAAGAAGGUAGCCCAAGAUUAGAAAGGAAAGGUAGUCUGCGGUCAAAAGGAGAUAGUCCUCGGGGUACGAUAGAGAGGAACGAAAAGCUUGCGUUAGACGACAGCCCGGCAACAUCUUUGGAGCGGCAGAGUACCAGAUCUAAAGACAGCAGCCCGGCCAGGUCUUUAGAGAGGAGGGGGUCGGGCGGCGGCCCUGGGGCGAGGAACGUCCCUCUGCACGGACACCACAACCCCCUGUUUGAAAAGCAGUUGCAGGAUGAAGAGGCUUCUUACCCAGGCUCGCCCACCAAGGCUGGGAGUGAAGUGGAGAAACCUGCCAGGAUGAUGAACAUGCUGAAUGGGAAUGGCAGUAACAGUGGUCCCAUGAGCCCUGUCUCACCAGUCUUUGUACAGAAGGAACAGUUACAGAACCUUCCACCUGACAUCGCAGCGCUGGAGAAGGAGCGGACCCACAUGAUGGGGAAGGUCCAGAUUCUGACCCGCAGGAUCUCCGAGAUCGAUGAGCAGAUGGAAGAGGCCAUGAGUGAGCUUGAGAUGGAGAGAGCCUUACUGGAGGGGGAGCACCAGUCUGAGAGGGAGGAGUUACACCAUGAGGAACAGCUCAUGGCCUCACUCAAGUCCAGACAGGGGGAUCUAGACGUCAGCGCUGAGAGCGAGAAACUGAAGAGGAAGAAGGCUGUAGUUUCCUCACUGCAUGAUGACCCAAAGGGAAAGAAGUCUGUGGAGGAAAAGCGUCACCAGCUGGAGCUCGUGAAGAAAAAGUACGAGGACACGCGCCAGCUGCUGGAGAGGUGUCUUCCCAGUGAGCAGGACAGACUCAUGCAACAGUACAACAGCUGGAGCUGGAGAGUAAGGUGGAGGAGGAGAAGGAGGUGGUACAGCAGCAACUCCUGGAGGAGGAGCAAGUCCUGCAGGACCAGAUACAAACCAGAAAGCAACGGCUGUUCCAGCUGGAGAGACAGCUGAAGGAGACGAUGCGACAGUCACAGCAGGAGACAGCACGGCUGGACGAGGAGAGGAACAUCUACCUGGAACAGCUGCAACAGGCAAGGGAACAGCUGGCUGAGGUAGAGAAGAGAUACUACACUGUGUCUGGCAAGUCUCCUGCUCCCGGUCCCAAGUCUCCCAACAACAACAACCUCAGCCCCAUCAGACACAGGUCCAACUCUGAGCCGAGGAGCCGGCUGGCUAGAAUGCGAGAGCAUUACCGGCGCCUGAGGGAACAGCGACUUUACGUAGAGGGGGCGGCCACCCAGCAGUCUCCCCGACUGGCCAGAAAGCAGAACCAACAGGCACCCAAUGGCACCGCUGCGUCCCCGUCACCCGAGGAUGUGAACAGCCCCUCCCCGAGCCGACCCUCCCCCAGGGAGAUGGACACCACCCCCAAGACUAGCAAGAGUCUUCCCAGGGACGCCUUCCGCAGACAGGUGCAGGUAGAUGUGCACAGGUCGCAGAACGAACAAGUUUGGGAGGCAAUCCGGCGGCAGAAAGAGAUGAACCCUGGUCAGCCAGCCCAGCCGGACGCCUGGAGCAUGUCCAGUGUGGAGAGUGUGGAGACUGUCAACUCUACUAACUGCUCCAUCAGUUCCCCUGAGAAAGACUUGUCAGGCCAUGACCUAGAGAAGUUGGUUGAACUGGAAGCAAUGCUGGCAGAAGCUCAAGCCAAGAAGGAAAGGCUGUUAGUGGAGAAACAGAGACACCGAGCCGCCAAAGCCGCCGCCCUGGCUCUUGCCAACGGCUCCAAGUCAAAGAUGAACGGCAGCAAGCUUCCGACCAUCGAGCCAGCCAACAGGACGGACCCGUCGCCCAUAACCAGCCCCAUCAGACCCUCUGAUCACACCCCUGCUUCCUCCCAGAGCACCCCCUCCAGUGUAGGAGGUGCCCUGUCCCCUGAUGUGGUCAGUCCUGCCCUGUCUGAUGUCACCAGCCCCACACAGGAGGUUAAACUGAGAGACAAGUCUUCCCUGGUGUCCCCCGAGGUGAGACAGAAAGUCCCUAAGAAGUCGGUGAAGAUUGUCCAACCGCUGCCAGACAGUUCUGGCUUACCACCGUCCUCGGGGAGAACACUACCCAUGUACUCCCGUAAUCGCAAACUGCAAACCAGGCUUCCCCUGAAAGCGCAAACCCUCCCCAGUGGAUUCAUGUAUGACGAUGAAUGGAACAACUGGUCCCGGCCCAUGACGCGGUACCUCCCGCAGACGAGCAAAGAUUUCGACCUUCGCACGCACAUCGAAUCCGGCGGGCACAGCCUGGACCUCUGCCCACACAUCGCCAUCACCAAAACCAGCUGCCGGGGAUUCCUGGUCAAGAUGGGCGGGAGGAUCAAGACGUGGCGCAAGAGAUGGUUCGUCUUCGACCGCACUUCUCAGACCUUCAUGUACUACCCCGACAGACACGAGAGAAGGGCCAAGGGGGGCAUGAGCUUCAAGACAAUUCAAGACGUGUACAUCGAUCACCUGUGUCCCUUCAAAAGCCCCAACCGUACGCUGACGUUCUGUCUGAAGACGACGCACCGAGUGUACUACCUUGUGGCGCCCUCCGCAGAAGCGAUGAGAAUAUGGAUCGAUGUGAUAGUAACUGGUGCUGAGGGCUACCUCACUUUUACUAAGUGAGUCUACAAACCAUCACCCCAGCCACCCUACUUCACUUUGUUUAUAUGUAUCACCAUUGGUGCAACAAUUUGUAUCACAUUUUAUUGUUGUGCCAUCUUUAUCCAAGAUCAAAAACUUCAAUUUUCAUGUACAUCUUAGUGAUAUAUGUUGUGUAGAAGUUGGUCGUAACUUCUAAUGUUACAACAGUAGGAGGCUGCAAGAAUUCUUGGUCUUCUAAGAAGACUUGAGGUACAGGGUGACGCAGAAGGACAUUCACUUCUUACUGACUGAGAAAAUCUACAUGUGUGUCUGAGCAAUGAAAGCAAUGGCUUACAAAUGCAAGCUAAGGGUGUAUUUGCUUGUUGCAUUAUACAGUUUGUAUUGUAUGAUGUUGAAUCGAAUGAGUAUGGGUGGCUGGAAGUUAACUGUACCAUAUUGUACAGGGAAGCAUGUUUUUCUGGGGUGUGCUGCUAGCCUUUUUUAACAAACAUUUUAUCUGUGCAUUGGUGGUGGUGAUACUUGUGAUGUGCCAGAAACUGUCUUUGAGACAAAGAAGGUCUUGACAAACAAAAUUCUUUCAAAGAAAAAAAUAUUUUACUAUAUCUUCCAACAGCUACAAGAAAUACAGUAACAUGGUUGGAGUACAUGUUACUUUUUCUAGAUAUUUGUCCAAGGAAAUCUACCUGAAGAAAAGGGAUUUCGAUGAUGUUUUUAUAUGUUCUGUGCAAUGAUACUAUGUGGUGUUUUAUCUUAUGAUUUUAGUCUCACUGAAGACCCAUGGUCUGUUUAGUAUUGUUUAUUCAUAUAAAUAGGAAUUAUUGUUUUUAUCACACAUAUUAGUCACUGUUUUAAAUGGUGGUAAUGUACGUAGGGUAUUUCAGUGCUUGGUAUUGUUGUCAUACCAGUUUUGCCAUUUGUAAUAAGUUUUAUUUCUGUACAUGUAUCUACAAAAAACUAAUGACUUGAAAAUACAAACAAUACUAAUGUUAUUUAUCACAAGAACUAAUAGACAAGUUUAAGUAAUAUUUUUAUACAGUCAAAACUGCCUCUUUCUCUACGAGCUACCACAUGUAUGUAUUGCUUUCUUACCAUACGCCGUGCCAUAGUAAGUGAGAAAUGUUACAUUUUGUAAACGAAAAACUUUUUACAAUGGUGCCUCUGUUGCAAUAACGCCCUGCUAGUCUCAUAGUAGGAUAAAAAUCAUGUCUCCUGUGGUGCUGGUUUUCAACAAACUAUUUUCCACAUCAACUCUUAGCAAACCAUGCCCAAUACGUGCAUGCCGAUGCCCACUGCCUUUGAAGACAAAACAGGUUUUGCAAUCGCAAACCUGUAAAUAAUGCAGGUCACACAGUAUGUUUGCUGUAUAUCUACAUUCGUAAGGCACUUUUAUGUUCUACCAAUGAUUAUUUUAAUGCACAUGUUAUAGCUUACUGUCAUAGGCUUUAGUCUAUUGUGAGCUGGGGACAGUUUGCAGUUAACUGGAAAUGCAAACUUGAGGGGUGAGCGGGCACAGACUGAGGGUAUAGUUGUGAAAGUAUACGCGAGCUGGCAAGUGUGUCUUCUCGUUAGGUAUUACAGAGUUAUCACUUGAACCUUAAAGAAAAGGUGUGAUUGUGCCUGAAUCACAGGCGUUCAACGCUCCUUUUUCAGGCAGAUGAAAUGGUGAAUUGUAAGCAUUGUAAAGGUGAGGGUUGCGUGUCUCGAGCUCAAUCUUGCCAUAUAUACGCAUAUUAUAUAUAUCCUACCGCCGAGCACCGUACUACUGUCGCUUUGUAGUAGUGGGCUUUGUAAAAAUGAAUUAUUUACCAUUAUAAGGCUUUAUGCAAUUGUACAAUGUUACAUGACAUGAACUAAAUCGACUAAUAAAAUUCACAAAGGGAUA